UCACGUGAGACGAUCGCGGGACGUGCCGACAGCGCCAAGCGUAUUUGGCGGGACCGCGUUUAGACGGCGUCGUCUGUGCUUCUGGCAAGUCUGUCGUGUAGUGAACCACAAAGGCUCUUGUCCGAUAAUGGCUGGCGGAAAGGCGGGCAAGGAUUCUGGUAAAGCGAAGGCGAAGGCGGUCUCUCGUUCGGCGAGGGCCGGAUUGCAGUUUCCGGUUGGUAGAAUUCACAGGCAUUUGAAAAACAGAACCACAAGUCAUGGUCGAGUCGGUGCUACAGCAGCGGUAUACAGUGCAGCUAUCUUGGAAUACCUCACUGCUGAGGUUCUCGAAUUGGCAGGAAAUGCAUCAAAAGAUUUGAAGGUCAAACGUAUUACACCAAGACAUCUUCAGCUUGCUAUUCGUGGUGAUGAAGAAUUAGAUAGUCUUAUUAAAGCAACUAUCGCUGGAGGAGGUGUUAUACCACAUAUCCAUAAAUCGUUGAUUGGAAAGAAGGGUUCGCAAAAACCAGCAUAAUUUAGUGAUUCAGUUAAGAACAUGUGAAGCUAUGUAGACAAAACAGAUGCGAAACAGAGUGAUUGUUGAUAAAGUGUACCUAUGUUACGAAAUUGAUGGCGAGAGACUGGUGUGAUAUAUAUAUAUAUAUGUGUGUAUAUAUAUAUGUAUAUAUAUAUAUAUAUAUAUAUAUAAAUAUAUAUAAAUAUAUAAAUAAAACAAAUAUUGAUAUAAUUUAAUAUAGGUAACGAGAGUUAAAAAAAAGACAAAUUUUCACCACAUAAUUGGCAUUUAGAAUCGAGAAAGUUAAUAAUAUAGUCUGAAAAUUUUAGUGUACGUUACACUGCAAUUACUUGACAAGCGAUGCGUUGUAGCAUGGUUUGCUCAAAACUGCAGAAGUCUUUGAUACUGUAUGCGGAUUGUGAACUAAAUGUUUUGAAAGUUGGAGUAUUUAAGGGCUUGGAUGUGUCGUAAAGUUUGUAAUUUUGAAAGACGAUUGUUCUUUUGAUUUCUUAUUUUGUGCAUGGUGUUUAACUUUGUCUCUUUUUUAAACUAUUGCGUGCAACUAACGUUGUUUUCUUAAAAUUAGCUAUUAAAUAGCAUAAAGGUAAUUGGAUAAAAAUGUAUAAUAUGAGCGAGUAUUAAUAGGUAUUUCAUAAAUUUUUUCACUUUCAAUUUUUGAAAUUUUUAAUCCAUUUAUAUUUAAUUGUCUAAUACCUUACGAUUAUAGUUACAAGUAAAAGUAGUUACGUACUCAUUCUUGUUAUUAAAUACUCUUAACUAUCUCAUAGCAGUAAACAGUGUGCAUAAAUACCUCUAGAUUAAAUUUUUAAUUUUGGACACUUUGUAUUCUAAAAUUUGUGUUGCCGAAUAUCUUUGCUUAAAUUUUUGAAGUUUUCAGUCUCUGCAACAUUAGUAUAUAAGAUUACAUGAGAAAUCAUUCUGCUGACUUUGUUUCCAUUCUGUUAAUUUUAUGAAACACAAUAAGUUAUAAUUUGUAGCGUGCUGUAAUUUAUAUCCACGAUUAUGAGACUGGAAUCUUUGAAAUCUAUAAGGCUUUUACUCGUGUGAAGGUCAAAGAAAAAGUAUUUCGGCAUUGCAAAGCCUUUGAUGUAAUAUAUAAUCUUUAUUCCAGUAGUGUUCAAUUAAUGUAAAAUCCAUAGUAGAAAUAUCGAAACAAUUUGAAAUAAAGUAAUAUACGUUUUUAGUUCUAACAACUAUCGAUUUCUAUUUUGGUUCUGUUCACAUCACUUUUCAUUUUAUUCAUAAAACUACUGUUAUUUGUGUCAUUUAGUGUAAUUUUCGCUGUAUUAAAUACCAGCCACAUGUAAAAUGUUCAUUUUCAUAAUAAAGAGCAAUUUUAUUAUUA